AUGAGUAUGGUGUCAGAUGGUAUUAACGGGACCAGGUCGAAGUCAGAUUCUCGCACUCUCAAGGAUUUUGCAACCAGCAAUUAUAUCAUUGGCAUAUGUCUCCUUCUCGUCGUCGUCAUACUUUCGACUUUGUCCAACUUCGUGACACAGUACAUGUUUGUUGGAGGCUAUCAGAAACCUUUCUUGGUCACGUAUACAAGCACGUCUGCGUUUACCUGCUAUCUUAUCCCAUUUUACCUCCGACAUCUACGGGAUAGAUAUAAAGAUAUCAGUUAUCAACCACUAGCACAGGACAUACCCAGUGAACCCAAUCCCAGUGACUUUCAGCGCUCUUAUAAUGAAACCUCACGGCUCACCCCUCAAGAGACCGCUUGGCUAGCCCUGUAUUUCUCCUUCCUCUGGUUCACCGCCAACUGGAGUUUCAAUGCCGCCCUGGCAUAUACGAGCGUAGCAAGCGCAACUGUUUUAUCCAGCAUGAGUGGUGGGUACGCUGUUUAUUGUCGUCCACAAUAUGACCUAGAAAAUGCGGUAGGAAUAUUUACACUCGUGGUGGGCCGUGUAUUCCAUGUGGAGGCGAUAGCUAUGGUCAAUAUCGGCGCGGUUCUGUUAAGCUUUGGCGGGGUGGUUCUUGUCUCAUUCUCAGACUCAUCCCAGGAUCCUGGACCAUAUUCGAUGCCCGGCCCGUUCCAUCUGCUCCUAGUCGUAGGAGAUAUUCUUGCUCUGCUCUCAGCUCUUCUCUAUGCGAUAUAUAUGGUAUUGCUGAAAGUUAAGAUUCAGGAGGAGUCACGGAUAGACAUGCAAUUGUUUUUCGGAUUUGUCGGACUCUUCAAUAUUUUCCUGUGCUGGCCCAUAGGGCUUUUACUCCACAUCUCCGGGGUAGAACGUUUGGAACUUCCAAAUACUCGUCAGACGUUGGUUGCCAUUAUCGUCAACAUGUUCAUUACACUCUCAAGCGACUACAUCUACGUCAUCGCUAUGCUGAAGACCACACCCCUCGUAGCGACCGUCGGCCUUAGCCUGACAAUUCCGUUAGCAAUCACAGGGGAUUUUUUCCUCGGCAAACCUGCUGCAGCCCAGGUCGUGAUAGGAGCUCUCUUCGUACUUUUUGGGUUCAUUGUAGUUGGCGUAGAUAACGCCAAAGAGGAAUCGCGCAACUACCCCAUUGAGAAUUUGGAGGAGACAAGGUUGCGAGCAGAAGCGCCUCCCUGACAGGAUCAUUCGUACGCAGUGUGGAGCCACUGUUUCAGAACUAUGGGGCCCAAGUAACUGCGUAGUUUGCACUCGGAGCGCGUUGCCUUAGAUACGUUGCUGGCUAGUAGUACCCUGCGGAAAAGGCAAUGACUCGGAGUGGGAAACAACGUUGAAUUAUUGUAUCCCCUAGCGGCGCAGUGCGUCACAAUCGCCGACUCCAUUAGAACUCGGCAGAUUUUGAUUAAAUGGUUUACAAAUUCCGUAACGACACGAGACAAGCAUAAUAGUAGGAUGAAAGUAUUACUGGCAUAUUUACAUGUCAUCCACUUCCAUUGUGGAUGCGCUUCCAUGUCCGUGAGUUAAUUUCUUCGUAGGAGACUGACCAGAUGCCUCGUCCAGUACUUUCCUCUUUUCAUUUCAGAUAUUCCAGGAGUAGGUGUACAUUCACACGGGCAACACGACAAGGACUCUUCGAAACAAAUCUGACCUACGUCAG